AAAUCUUUCAAUGAUAUGAAAAAGAUCAUUCGAAAGUUAGGCUUUAACUAUGAAAAUAUUCAUGUCUGUCCUAAUGACUGCAUGCUCUUUUGGGGAGAUGAUGCAUCUAGAGAGACUUGCAAAGUCUGUGAAAGUUCAAGGUGGAAGACAUCUACAGUAGUUGAUGAAACAUUGGAUAAAAAGAAGAAAAAGAAGCAACAAGCUGCUAAAGUGCUUAGAUACUUUCCGCUGAAACCACGCUUGCAGCGUUUCUUCAUGUCAUCCAAGACUGCUAAAUACAUGAGGUGGCAUGCUGAUUCUGAGAAAAAGAUUGGAGUGUUGUUGUUCACGUCCAACCAAGAGACUUGUAUGAUAUGGAAGAUCCUACUAGUUCAGAUGAAAUUCCUCCUCAAGUCGUCAUUGAAGAUCCUCCUAUUCAAAGUUCAAUGAUUAUAUCUGAUAAUGUUUCUGAUAUUAGAUUAGUGAGGCAAAUAGAAGAUCUUGAAAGUUCUCAGAUUCCAUCUGAUUUAUAUGAUAAUAUGGAGUAUGUCUGAGACUGAUUCUCAAGCUCCCCCUCCUCUUGGACCAGAAUUAGCUAGUGGAAAAUGGAGAGUUCGUGUCAUAGAAGAGGACAGGUUAUCAAAGAUUCUGGAGGUUUGUUUGGUUCGUGGUUAGGUUCACUGAGUAAUGAUCUUAAUAUAUUACCUAUUAACUACACCGAUUGGAGGAAAGUUCCCAAUUACAGAAAAGAAAUGGCUUGGAAAGUGAUUCAGAAAAAGUUCUGGUUUGAUAAUCCAAGGAGGAGGAAGAAAUAUGUUUUAUCUGCAUUAGGAGUCAGAUGCAGAGACUUGAAACAACGCAUUUGGAUGAAGUACAGAAGAAAUACUAUAGAGGAAGCAUUUGAAGCAAGACCAGGACUAAUUCCUGAAGAUCAAUGGAAAGAAUUUGUGGAAAUGCAGUUCACUGAUAAGGCUAAGAGAGUGAGAGAGCGUAAUAUUAAUAGUCGAAACAAUCAUAAAAUGCCACAUACACUUGGAAAAAAGAGUUUAGCAAGAAAAGCUAAUGAGAUGGAAGAGGAGACAGGCAAAGAACCAAAUCGAGCUGAACUUUUUAUUGCAUCAAGGACUAGAUCAGAUGGAAGUUUAUUGAGCAACGAAGCAAGAAUCACUGUGGAUAAGCUUUCCCAAGUAAUGACUGAGAAUAUACAAGAUGAAGCAUCCAAUACUGAGUCUAGACCAUAUGAUGCAUUUGAACAAGUGUUUGGUUCUGAGCCUACAGGUCGAGUUCGAUGUGUUGGACGUGGAGUAACACCGUCCAAGUAUCUUUUGGAUCAGGAAUCUGUGAUAUCGUCUAAUGCUGAGAUUUUGGAGCUAAAGACCCGUUUGAAAGGACUUGAAGAUAAGCUAGAAAUCGUGACAGAUGCUCUUUUUGUUCUUGUUAAAUCGAAAACUGAAGGAAGAUACUGAAGUAAGUUCACAAGGGUACUAGAAGAAGAAGUGCAUAGAAAUUGGAUGAGAACAAGGGUACUAGAAGAAGAAGUGCAUAGAAAUAUGAUCAGAUAUAGCAUAUCAUAUGUUUUUAUUUUUAUAGCUGAAUAAGAUAUUCUUGUAUCAGACUGUGAUCAAAUAUUGUUUUCUAUUUGACUUUGGAACAUGAAAAUAUAUAAUGUUUUUGGUUA